AUGCUAGACGAGCUGAGAGCCAGGGCUCUGAUAGAGCAAUCGCGCUCGGAGGGCUCUCCAGCGUUGUUGAACGAGGCCUACCAGAUCGUUAAGGAUCUCAGCACUCCGUCAGCACUCAAGAACCCAAAGUUCUCCUUGGAAGUCGUUUCUCCCGAGCUCCACGUAAUUAUUGCAGAAACCUCGCUCGAUCUCUCAUCGCCUUCUCGCACAGAGGACCAGCUUGUGAGCAACCGGAUUCAGCUGCAGGAGCUUGCAUACAACUGCCUCCAGUCCUUCUUGAGUUCUAAACCUUCGUCGGAUCAGUUUCUAGCAAGGGCAUACUUGGCUUACGCGACUCUCGCCUGUCGCUGGGCAGAUGGAAGGAAAGGUGACGGGCUUGUAGAUGCUGUCCUCAAGGCACUGGAUUUCGUGAUGAGGGCUUUGAACCUGGCCCUUGAAAGUUUGCCGAGGUAUCAAUUUCUGGUCUACAAUGCAUCGGUAGUGUACUGGAGAUGUAGCAGACCGCUUCAGCGCAAGGGAUACUUCCAUCACAUCCUCAACUCCAUGCCGCAGGUGUGCGAUGCUCUCAUGAAGCUAGACGGGGACGAUGUAGAGUGGAAGGCAAAGUACAUCAUCGCCCUUGCCCGCGCCUAUGAGUUCUCAGACAGAAGCGAUGAUGCUGGAAAGUACUUGCAGAAUGCUGUUGGGAUGAUGUCGAGCUUGUCCGAAGAAACUCAGGUUGAGAUCGUGCGGGUGUUGGUGCAUGUGGACAGGACAAGGGGAGGAGGAGCCGGCGAUAAGGUUGCGACUACCCCAAAACUUGGGCUCUAUGCCAGGCUACAGAAAGUGAAGUCAGGAGUCAUUUCCGAUGAGAAAAUACCCGACGAACUCGAGGAUCUGAUCAAGAGCUCGUCCGAGGCUGGUGAGCUCAAAGUUCUUGCAGAAGCUGGAAGGCUCUGUCUUCUGAAGGGUCAGCCAACUUGUGCUCAGAAUGCGAUCGAAGCCAUUGGUGGGGGAAACGAUGCCGGCAUGGCUGUUGCAGUCCUUACUGAAUGCACGAAAGCUCAACUGUCUGUGAUGUCGCUUGGAGAGGAAGCAGAAAUGUACACGCGCAAGAUGGUAGACACCAGGCUUGAUGCACUCUCCCGGUUGGAGAAAGCGUUGCCUUCAGCCGUACGAUCCAAAGAUGCUGACGUCAUCCACGAGAUUUGCUCUCUAGCCUGGAGCCUGUGCUUGCCGAUACUGCAGCCAAACCUGCGCAAGCAAGCGAAACGAGUGCUGCAGGCUUGCUGUAAGGCUCUGGAGGACAUCGACUCUCCUCUUAAUGAGCUUCGUGCCCAGCUGCACCUGGAAGUCGCCAGAUGUGACGUAGCAGACGAUCUGUAUGCGGCAGCAGCCGUCCAGGUACAGAAAGGCCUCGCCCUGGAUUACGUCGUGCCUGAAGACAGCAUCAUUGAGUACAAGAGGCCGUUUGACAAGCACCUGAACCUGAUGAAGAAGAAGCUGUCCAUGAAGAUGUCGCUCUAUUCGGCUCCCGACCGCCCGGAGGACAAGGCCAUGCUCCUGGUAGAGCAGGCAAGAGAGUCCAAGGAAGCAGCUCUGAGGGCUUCGCUCCUGGACCGAGCCGUCGGGAUCCUCUCGGCGGUGGACGAAGCAACAGAUGUCGCUGCAUCAGCCUGUCCUGUGCCAGAGCUCAACGAACCUCAGGACCCGAUCUACUCGGCUCGCGGGAUCCAAAAGGAGCGGACGAUGCUGUGGGGCGACAUCGCAUUGAUCGCGUGGCAGAGCCACCUGAUCAAGCAGACACUCGAGGCAGCAGAGUUUGCAUGCGAGUACGAGGGGGACGUGGUCAAGGACAAGGACCUCAUCAUCCAGCAGGCUCAGGUUCAGUUUGCGCGGGCGGAGGCGCUCUUCAUGCAGUUGCGAAGUGAAGGAUGCGAACCUGGGAAGCCUCUGCCGCAGGAGGAAGCAAACCAGAAGAAUGUCUCUGCUAAAGUCGCGUGGGUUGAAGGGCUGAGAGAGAGGAUUGUACAAGGUUUCUUGAAGGGCAUGCGGCUGGGUUUGAAGGUGAAGGAGGACUGGAUCGUAUUCAACGCUGCCGUCUACCUCUGGAACUAUCACCUUCCCCUCUUCUCCAGCGCCAAGCUAGAGUCUAUCUAUGAAGCGCUUGAGGAGGUUGUCGGCACUCUACACGUCGCCGGCUGCAAGGACAGUCAGCUGCUCUGCUCGGUCUCUUACGGUCUCGCGGUGGCACUUGAGGCGAGGGAGGCGAAGGGAGAGGACGUGCUGUAUCCCCCUGAAAGCCUGGGCGAGGAGGCUCCCAGCCUUGGGAACGGGACCUGCCUCGGGCACGCAGUCGCUGUCUGCGAGGCUGCGGUAGAGAUCUCCUCCCCGAUGACGGCCAGACGUGUGCUGGGCGUCCUCGCGAGGCUGCGCCUUGCCCUCAACAAGUCGUCGAGUGCUGUCGACGUCAGCGGCGCUCCAGAAGCCUCCCUGAUUAUGCUGCUCGAGCUCAUGAAAGUGGACGCUGAUUCCAAGCCUGCUCUCGUCGAGAAGGCGAUGGGCUUUGUUCCCGACUGCCCUGUCAACCCGCAGAUCUUCGCGUCCAUCGCCAUGGAGGCGCUUUCCUGUGGCGACUUCAUCUCAUGCAUGACUUUAAGCAAGCAAGCGACGUCCAUCGCUGACCAGGCAACGCAAGCCAAGCCUCAGCUUCUGCGCUGGUUCGCCCUGGCGGAGCUCGUUCACGGCCAGGCGUUAGUGCGUCAGAUCAACCCGGACAAGCAUGACAUGUCAGCACAAGACCACCUGAAGAAGGAGGCGAUCAAGCACUUUGUCUUGGCUGCCAAGUUCUCUUCGGAGGCGCAGAACGACAACAUCCUCAUGCUCGCUGCUACGGAGAUGUGGAACGCGUCAGUGAGCUUCAUGUCCUCUUCGGCCACGCGCAAGUCGCUGCUCGAGCCCACCAAGGCCAUGAUCAAGUAUCUCGCUCGUGUGCGGUUGGCUGAAGAUUCUCCGGAGGAGGAAAAGACCUUCCGCACCAAAUUGUACGUCCUCCUCUUCGAGUGUCUUGCAGACUCCAAACUUUGGCAAGAGGGCUGCGACCACACGGCCAAGGCGCUGAAAGCUCUUCCUCCUUCCAUGCACAAGGACCUGUGGGAGUUCCGGAUCACCUUCAUGGGGAAGCUGGGCAAGGACACGGCGGCGGAGAUGCUCAAGGUGAAGGAGAGCGGAGAGGAGAUGGUGGCACAGGUUUGGUCGACCCUCGCACAGUCCUCGUCGGACAAGAAGCAGAAGCUUGUCUCCUACAAGAAAGCGGUCGAGGCCCUCGAGCAGAAGCCGCUAGCGCAGGUGGAGUACCUCAUCCUCUUCGGCGAGUUCCUCUACACCGAAGGCUUCGAGGUCCAGGACGCGCAAGACCAGCUGAUCGCCGCUGCUGACAUCCUGCUGGAGCUGGACACAGCGCUGGCGGACGAGGAGGAGAACUUGUCCAAGGCGGAUGAUGCGUCCCAGAGCGACGCCAAGUCUGUCUCCUCCUCCUCCAGCUUCCACCGCUCCGUCGCAAGCCCCCGGGCCAAGACGCCCCGGCAGGUCAGCUCGCAGUCUGCCUCCUCGUCCAAGGCCAAGUCCGUCGCUCCCUCCAAGGAGGGGAGCGUGACCUCCUUCAGCACGUCGCUGGGGGCCGGGAAGAGGCCGCAAAGCCUCAACGUGUGUCACCUGCUGGAGCUAGGAAGGAUCUAUAUCAUGCUGGCGAAGAUGAGCAACAACCGGCUCCAGGUGGCCCAGCAGCUGGUCGUCGCUCACCACUACCUCCUCAGAAUCUUGGAGAUGUCUGUCACAGCGGUCAUAGCAGAGAUCUCCUCCUCAUCGGAGGAGGAGCCCGCAGAUGCUAAGAUCUUCGAGCUCCCCACGGAGGCGCAGGAGUGGAUAGGGUUCGAGCUGAAGGAGCAGCUCUGCGAAGCCUUCAUGGCGUACAAGGGGAAGGACAAGAAGGUGCUGAACAAGAGGACGUUCAGAAAGCCUUAUCUCCUCCUCUACUACCUCGACGAGUUUGUCGGCCUCCUUCUGGAGCACGACCUGCAGCUGCAAGCGAUUCCUGUGCUGGAGAUGCUCAAGUUCGUCUCACGCAGGAUCCUGCAGAACUCUGACCUUCAUGCCCUCUUCCUCCUCCGCCAAGCCAUGCUCUACCAGCAGCUGGGCAGCAGCCAGCACAGCUCGCGUGUCCGCAAGCUUGCAGACGAGCUGCUUGUGAUCAGCCCCGAGAGGUCGCGUAAGCUGGACGAGCUGGUGAAGCAGCGCGAGAUGCACAAGCUGGUCGGUCGGUCGCAGUCCAUGGCAGAAGCGAUGGAGGCAGCGAAGAAGGAGAAGUACGUGAAGCAGCUCAAGCCGCUUCAGCUCCACGAGGUCUGGGUCAAGCUGGCAGAGGUCAAGAUCGAGGAGGGAGACCUCGUACGUGCUCGGGAGAUUCUCCAUCGGACGCUCAAGCACGCCAAGGCGUUCGAAGACUCAGAGAGCGAGGGUCUGACCCUCCACCUCCUCGCCAUCGUCUCCUUCCUCGAGGGUCAGAACGUGCAGGCCGUACAGCUGGAGACGGAGGCGCAGGCUUUCUCAAACGAGUUGUCCUUCUGGAGCAAGAGCUGCGCGGCUCUCGCCACCUUCAUGGUUGACGUCGCAAGGACUGUGUUUGGCCUGCACAGCGUGGAGGAAGCGAUCAAGGUGCUGGAACGAGGAGCCGACUUGUUCCGCCUGCUCAUCCUGGAGCACCCGAACCUCAUCAUGCGGAUCAACACGCUUCGAGGAAACCUCCUGCUCGAGGCAGCUCAGAUCGCGUUGGAGGAGGUCAGGAGGCAGGAUCAGGCGGGUCAGAUGAUGUGGCAGAAAGUCCACAAGAAGGCAGUCAAGCUCGUCGACAUCGUGAUUGAAGCAUUGUCCGCAGCAGCUGGUGGUGGAGGAGCAGGAGCAGAAGCAGGAGCAGGAGCAGGAGCAGGAGCAGGAGCAGGAGCAGGAGCAGGAGCAGGAGCAAGAGCAGGAGGUGGUGGUGGAGCACUUUUCGUUGACGCCCUCCUCCUCAAGUCGAGGCUGCAGAGCGAGCCGUUGAGUUCAGACUCUGCGAAGCGCCAGGCGCAGCUCAACGAGUCUUUGCGUACGGUUGUCGCGGCAGGCAAGGAAGCUGAGCACAUCUGCGUGCUCGCUCGACCCGCCACGAAGCGCAAGGACGUGCACCUUUCGUGCGACCUGAGGUACGCGCGGGCGAAGUUGCAGGAGGCAAGGCUCCUUGCCCUGCUGGCCGUGGAGGAGAGGCUACAUCCCUGGGCCCUCAAGGCCCGUCCUCAGAUCCCUUCCUUCCCACUCGUGGAAGGCAGAGACUCUGACGUGGUCCAGCAGUUCCUUGACCCCCUCAACGACCCCAACAGGGAGGAGGAGAAGCUUGAGACCUCCCGCGAGGAGAGGGCCGUCCUCUCCGCCACUGCCGCCAUGCAGGCCACACCCGACAAGCUGCUCUCCUCCUCCGCUCGAUCUGUGAUCGGACACGCCCUCAAGCUCAUCGUGGAGGGCGAGGGAUCAAUCGUCAUGCUGUGGAAGCGGGAGGAGGAGGACAGUCUUCCAGCAGCGGGAGAGCAGGCUACCGAGGAGACAUCGGCAGGAAAGGAGGAGGAGGCGGGUGAAGAGGACGACGUCAGCAAGGAGCUCAAACCUGUCCUUCCUGACGCUCCUUUCCUGACUGCGCGAGAGGCUCUGCAGGCAGCAAUCACGGAGGGUCUGGAGCAAGGGAACCUGGAUGUAGUGGAAGCAGCUUCCUUCGACCUGGCGGUGUGUACGGGAGGAGCGAACUAUCAGCGGACAGCAGAGCUGCUCUGCCUGCAUCAGGCAUGCAAGGCUAGGAAGGCGAUGAUGGCGACCCUGCGAUCGAUCCUGCCCAACGAGAGCAUGGAGAAGGUUUGCAUCAGGAAAAUCGAUUUCCUGGGUGAGAGGGGAGGAGACAAGAGCAAGAGCGAGCAAGCAGCUCUGUCCGCCUCCUUCCUCCUGAAAAUUUCUCCUGCCGCAAGAGUCCUCGAGAUUGUCCCAGAGCUCGCAACCUUGCGAUCCCCCUUCUCCUCGAAGACUGUCUUUCUGAGCGCUGUCCUUGGAAUGGGACAUGAAAGGAAUCACUUGUACGUCUCUUUCUUCACAGGCAGAGCAGACGCGGAUUCCAAAGACCCCAUCCUGGUCUCACAGGUUGAUUUCGACUUGGACUUGUUCCAGUCCAUAAGGAAGAAGCACAUGGACCUUGAGGAGCAGCAGAAGCUCAAACACCUCGACGUCUCCUACCCACAUGACGCGAUGCACUCCCACGCCCUCCUCCUCGACCUCCUCGACCUGGUCUCCACUCUUAUGCAGGAUGUCCUCCAGCUCUUCAACCAGUACACCCGGCAGCUGGAAUUUGACGAGGUAGUACUCCUGCUGGACAAGGAGCUGGACUUCCUCCCGAUAGAGGCAUGCUCUCCCCUCAACCAGCGCAAGUGCUCGAGGGACUUCUCUCUCUCCAUCCAUCACAAUCGCACCAAGACUUGCCCCGACGGAGGGAGAGGCUCCGUCCAGAAGUCGAGCCUGUGCUACCUCUGUGAUCCCAGGAACGAGGACAACAACACUGCCAACGGGAUUGUCGAGCGACCGGAGGAUUUCUCAACGAUCUGUGAAGCUUUCGAGUCAGACAUCAGACCUCUUGGAUCGUGGACGGGAGUUUCUGGCACCGAGCGCAUCCCCUCCAAAGGAGAGUGUCAGAGGAUCUUGACGCAAGCAUCUCUCUUCCUCUUCCACAACGUCUCCCCGUUCUUCGGCUUCCUCGACGCAGGAUCUGUCGCCGUCCUCAACCUCGAGCCCUGUCACCUUGCUCUGCUCUUUGAUCGAGCAGAAAACGAAACUUCCGACCGACUGCAAAAGCGCAGGGAUACCGAGCUCUUGCCGCACAGCAUAGCUAUUAGGGAGACCUGGCAGACAGCAGCUCUGAUGACGAUGCGAGGCGUGAGUCACGUCGUCCUCAACACGUGGAGCAUGGAUCCAGCAGCGAGCCAUCGCAUCCUGACGCAACUGGUUGACUCUGUUCUCAAGGGAACCGAUGUGAGCAGCGCAGUGCACGAGAACAGCGUCGCUGUCUACACACAGUUCCGCCAGCUCGUCAAGGAUAUCGAGGAAGCGAAGCGGCGCGUGGAGGAGAUGACAGCUAAGUUGCAGCUGCAGUCUUCACAGGAGGGAGCGGCGAAUGAGGAGGGAGAGGGAGGAGGGGAGGAGGGAGCGGCGAAGGAAGGAGAAGCAGGAGAGCAGCAGGGAGAAUCAGAAGAGGAACCAGUCACUGAGGAACACGUUGAACAAGCCCAGCAGGAACUGGAGGGGAAAAAAGCAGAGCUGGAAGAAUUCAUGCAGGCAAACAAGGGAAUGGAGAUCGCGCUAAACGUCAGAGGGUACGGGCUGACCGGCGUCUCCUCUUAG